AUGACUUCAAAGGAGACUCAAGUCGAAAUCUCUCACGACGACCAUGUCCCUCAAAGCAACCCAUUGCCCUUCUGGAAACAGACUGAGCUGAGGAAACUAUACUUUAUGAUGAUCUUUCUCUUCAUGGGUUCAACGACUCUCGGCUAUGAUUCGAGUCUGCUGAAUGGUCUUCAGACAAUGGGCUCUUGGCAACAAUUCUUUGAUAACCCCGAAGGAAGUCGUCUUGGUAUCUUUGGCGCGAUGCCCGGUUUCGGCGGUCUCUUCGUCCUACUAUUCGCUCCGUACGUCGCCGACGGCCUCGGUCGUAAAAAGGGUACAGCUGUCGGCUGCAUAACUGUCAUCAUCGGCGCCUUGAUGCAAUGCUUUCCCCAAAAGGGCCACGGCCCGCGACGCGAUGCUCUAUACCUAGUCGGCCGAUUCAUCAUGGGCUGCGGUUCCAACAUCUCCAACGCGACAUGCCCGCUGCUAAUUACCGAGAUCUCCCACCCCCGCCACCGAGGCAAGAUCACAACUAUCUACAACACUCUGUGGUAUCUUGGAAGCAUCAUCGCAGCUUGGGUGUGCUUCGGAACCCUGAGGAACCAAACUGGCACUAUCCAGUGGGUUCUUCCCACAGGAUUGCAGUGUCUCAUGCCUGGUAUUCAGCUUCUUGCCAUUUUUAUUGUUCCCGAGAGCCCUCGAUGGCUGAUCAGCAAGGGUCGCGAAGAGGAGGCCCGCCAGAUCCUUGUCAAGUACCACGGCAACGGAAAAGACGAUGACGAGUUUGUCAGGUGGGAGUAUACCGAGAUUGUCAACACCAUCAGACUUGAGCGCGAAGGCUCUAGUGAUGGUUGGGCUGAGCUUUGGCGUACUCCUGGUAACCGAAAGCGAUGUGGUUUGAUCAUUGCUACAGCAAUUUUCUCUCAAUGCAGUGGUAACGGACUUGUUUCGUACUAUCUGGCUGCCAUUCUGAAAACCAUUGGUAUUACCGAUGCUGUAACCCAAGCCUACAUCAACGGUGGCCUCACAAUCUGGUGCUGGCUUGUUUCACUCUUCGCCGCCUUCUUUGUCGAUCGCGUUGGACGCCGAGUUCUCUUCCUCUUCGCGGGUGUCGGCAUGUUGAUUUCCUUCACCAUCUGGACUGCAUGCAGUGCCGUCUAUGCAAAGACUGAGUCCUCUGCUGCUGGUAUCGCUGUCGUGGCCAUGAUCUUCCUUUUCUACGGAGUUGCAGGUGCCGCAUGGCCUGGUCUGACCGUGUCUUACACCGUCGAGAUUCUGCCCUACAACAUCCGAGCCAAGGGUCUCACGCUCUGCUUCUGCUUUACUGCUCUGUCUGGAGUAUUUAACCAAUGGGUCAACCCACUUGGUCUUCAGCAGUUGGCUUGGAAGUUUUACUUCGUCUACAUUGUUAUCCUGGUCAUCGAAUGUCUGGUCAUCUACUUCUUUUUUGUCGAGACAAAGGGCCCCACUCUUGAGGAGAUUGCCAUGUUGUUCGACGGAGAAAAUGCGGCUGCUGGCAUUGCUAAGACCCAGGCUCAAAUGAAGAGUGAAGUGAGCCAGGUUGAACAUGCUUAG